AUCUAAAUUAAAUGGUAUUUUCAUGCUCGAAUGAGCUGACCUUCUGCUAAACAACUACCAUCUUUUAAGUGCAGCAAUAAAAAAAUAUGUUUAUAAAAAAAAUUUAAAGAAAAAAAAUAUAUUUAUGCGAGUUAUGUUAAUGCAAUUGCAUUAUGUUUAUGAAAUUAAACAAAGGAGCAACAAUUUUGUAUUUUGAGAAAUGUGUUUAUUAGAGAAAAGCUUUCAAUUGUAUCAAAUACUCGAAGGAAAAUUUCCAUACUAUUCACAUUUACUACAGGUAAAUAUGUUUUUAAGGUCACGAAUAAACGAAUUUUAUGUUUACUAUAAAAUUUUCAAUUGACAAGAGUUGAAAGAAUUUUGCGAACUUUGAGUAGGGGAAGUGAUAAAUAAAAUGUUUUGACGUCUUUAUAAAAGAAACUUUUCUUUGUGGCGACUUCAGUUAUGAUUUAGAAUUAUUGGGUUUAACAAGUCUUUUUUGAAAACUCUAUAUACGCAAGAGAAAUUUCUUUAUCAGUUCAUAAUGGAGUGUGAAGCAUUGGCAAAUGGUGUUAGUGGUCUGGCAAAUCAAUACAUGUCAAUGGUUCUUAAUUUUAUGGCGCUUUCUCAGUGCUCCAUUUCAUCUCCAGAUCAGUGGCCAUCAGAUUAUGGAAAUGUUGUAUUAAGAAGAGGUUUCAUGGAAGAAUAUGACUUUAUAAUCGUUGGAGCUGGCUCAGCGGGUUCAGUUCUUGCUAACCGUCUUAGUGAAAAUCCAGACUGGAAGAUAUUGCUUCUAGAAGCUGGAGGAGAUCCAUCAAUUGAAUCAGCUAUUCCACAAAUGUCAGAGAAGCUCAUGAAGACUCCAUUGGAUUGGCAAUACAUCAUUGAAAAUUCUCGAAACUACACUGCUAUCAAUGGUUACUGGCCAAGAGGAAAAGCCCUGGGAGGAUCAAGUUCAAUUAAUAGGAUGUACUACGUCAGAGGAAAUGAGGGGGACUACAACAAUUGGGAAAAGCUUGGAAAUCCAACAUGGGGGUGGAAAGAUGUGUUGCCUUAUUUCAGGAAAUCAGAAGCAAAUGCUAAUCCCGAAAUUGCAAAUGCACAUGAAGGACAUUUCCAUUCAAAAGAUGGACCUAUGUCAGUUGAACUCACACCAAUUUGGGAUAAACUGGACAUUUUACGAGCUGCCAAAGAACUAGGAUAUAAAUACAUACGAGACAUUAAUGCAAAUGAAUAUAUAGGGUACAAUACUCCCCAAAAAACUAUUAGAUCUGGAGUUCGAGAGAGCACAGCAACGGCUUUUCUUCGUCCUAUUAGGAAUAGAUCCAAUCUUCACGUUGUUAAAUAUGCUCACGUUUUAGGACUAGAGUUCAAUGAGGAAGACGGCUCAGUUUAUGGAGUUAGGAUGAACCUGCGCGGGAAAAGAGAACUCAGAGCUUUUGCUAAGAAGGAAGUAAUUCUUAGCGCUGGAGUCAUAAAUUCCCCGCAGAUCCUUAUGUUGUCUGGAAUUGGACCUGCAGAUCAUUUAGAUAAAAUGGAAAUUCCAGUGAUUCAAGACCUAAAAGUUGGAAAAAAUCUACAAGAUCAUCCUUUCGUAAUUCUAACCAUGAAAUACAAUGAAUCCUCGAAAAUCCCAUCGCCAGAUUUAACAAAUGAAUAUUUGCAAUACUUAACAAAUCGUACGGGAUUUUUCCUAGGACCUACACGCAUUAUUGGAUAUGUUAAUGCUCAGGAUCCGUCAGCAAAAUAUCCUGAUUUUCAAUAUUUUCAUAUGGACUUUCGAAAAGGGGAAACGAACGCAAUUUCCAAUGCAUUAAAAGGACUCGAUUUCAAAAGUAACAUUGUAGAUUUUUUCACUGAAAGAGUCAAAGAAUCUGACAUUCUGAUAGCAUAUUUGGCUUUCCUAGCAGAAGAUUCAAAAGGAGAGGUUUUGCUUAGAAGUACUAAUCCAUUUGAUAAACCAAGAAUUAUUCCAAAUUAUUUAUCCAAGAAUUCAGAUAUUGAUGCAUUUAUCAGAGCCAUUAGGCUUUACACGAAGUUUUUGACCACGGAAACUUUUAAAGAAAAACAAGUCGAAUUACUUCCUAUCCCAAUUCAUGGAUGCGAUGGUUUCACAUUCAACAGUGACGACUACUGGGCCUGUUACUGCAGAUAUAUGGUCGGAACAAUGUUCCAUCCGAUAGGAACAGCUAAAAUGGGUCCUGAUACUGAUCCUGAUGCAGUUGUAGACUACAGAUUGAGAGUUAAAGGUGUUAAGGGAUUGAGAGUUAUUGAUGCAAGCAUAAUGCCACGGAUACCGAGCGGAAAUACAAAUGCCCCAACAAUUAUGGUUGCAGAAAAAGGGGCUGACUUUAUAAUAGAAGAUUGGACAGUUGCUUCUUCAGCGGGAAAUACAACACAAGAUAUCGACGAAGAGCACUCAAAGAAAAUUCAAAUUGAGGAAAAUUCUCGAGGAUCUAGAAAAUAUGGACAUAAAGAUGGAAAAACCAGAACUAUUUGGGGCAAAAUUUCUAACUAUGCAUCUAAAUUAUCCCAUAAGAUUAUUAAUGGCUUCAAAAAAACUGAAAAUUCCACAAAUUAGUAAAGAGGGGCUAAAAGAAUUCCUUCCGUUAAUUUUUGUACUCAUAUAUUAUUUUUUUUUAUCAAAAUUGAGAUUAAAGAGAUAAUAAUUCAUUGAAUAAAAAUUGUUUAAUUGAUAUUUUUGAAGAUUGAAAAAUUGGUUUUCCCAAAACAAACAAAAAAGUUUCUUCUUUCCGCGUUAUUCAUGAAGAAUAUCUUUCUAAAUGGAAUAAUGUAGGUACUAAAGUUCCAAAACUUUAUUUAGUAUGUGGAAAAUAUGUAAUGUAUGUACAUAAUAUAUUUUCAAUUUGCAAAUAAACAAAAACAAAUAAAAAUAAAA